CAGACCAUGGUCUGCUAGGCCUGGUGGGAGGCCCAUGUUUCUCACCGAUAAAGUUCCUGGGGCCGGACGUCUAGAGCCGAGCAUCUUAGUCCAAAGGAACUGGGGAUGCGUAACUGGAGCAGGACUCACAAAUAGUGCACCUGUGUCUGCGCAAGGCUGACCAGAAGCUAGUGAUCAUUAAACAGAUCCCUGUGGAGCAGAUGACGAAGGAUGAGCGUCUGGCGGCACAGAAUGAGUGCCAGGUGCUGAAGCUACUGAAUCACCCCAAUAUCAUCGAAUAUUACGAGAACUUCCUGGAAGACAAGGCUCUUAUGAUUGCUAUGGAGUAUGCACCAGGUGGCACCUUGGCAGAGUUUAUUCAUAAACGUUGCAACUCCCUGUUGGACGAAGACACCAUCCUGCACUUUUUUGUGCAGAUCCUACUGGCCCUUCAUCAUGUUCACACUAAACAGAUCCUGCACCGGGAUUUAAAGACUCAGAACAUUCUGUUGGACAAGCACCGCAUGAUCGUCAAGAUUGGAGACUUUGGCAUCUCAAAAAUCUUGAGCAGCAAGAGCAAAGCCUACACGGUUGUGGGGACUCCGUGCUACAUCUCCCCGGAGCUGUGUGAAGGGAAACCCUACAACCAGAAGAGCGAUAUCUGGGCGCUGGGCUGUGUGCUUUACGAACUUGCCAGUCUCAAGAGAGCCUUUGAAGCUGCAAACCUGCCUGCCUUGGUGCUAAAGAUCAUGAGUGGGACAUUUGCUCCCAUCUCAGACCGAUACAGCCCCGACCUGCGCCAGCUCAUUCUGAGCAUGCUCAACUUGGACCCUUCCAAACGGCCCCAGCUGAAUGAGAUCAUGGCCCAGGCCAUCUGCAUCAGGCCACUUCUGAACCUUUAUACUGACGUGGGCAGUGUCAAAAUGAGAAGGCCUGAGAAGCCAUUAGCUACAGUGCCACCAGUGACCCACAACAGAGCGGGAGGAAGAGUGACCAGUGCCAGACCCAGGGGUGUUCGAGUUCGCUCAGCCAGGACUGGAAUCCCACCUCCCCUGUCUUCCAUCUACACCUGGGGCAGCGGAAUCACCACCCCGCUCCGCCUGCCCAUGCUCAACACAGAAGUGGUGCAGGUUUCUGCAGGGAGAACCCAGAAGGCCGGCAUCACUAAAUCAGGGAGGCUCAUCAUGUGGGAGGCUUCCCCAAUGGGUGCCACUGGAGGCCCCUCCCUCCCAGGGGCCACAGAGCAGCUCCAGCCCCAGUUUGUGUCCCGCUUCCUGGAAGGCCAGUCCGGAGUGACUAUCAAACAUGUGUCCUGUGGUGACCUCUUCACAACCUGCUUGACAGACAGGGGGAUAAUCAUGACUUUUGGCAGUGGCAGUAAUGGUUGUUUGGGGCAUGGAAACUUCACUGAUGUAACACAGCCUAAGAUCGUGGAGGCGCUGCUGGGCUACGAGAUUGUGCAGGUGGCAUGUGGCGCGUCUCAUGUGCUGGCCAUUUCCAAUGAACGGGAAGUGUUUGCCUGGGGCAGAGGGGACAAUGGUCGGCUUGGGCUGGGAACUCUGGACUCCCACAAUUCUCCCCAGCAGGUAGCUGUUCCGCCUGAACACGAGGCUCAGAAAGUCCUUUGUGGUAUUGACUCCUCCAUGGUCCUGACAGUGAAGAACCAGAUUCUUGCUUGUGGGAGCAACAGGUUUAACAAGCUGGGCCUGGAUAAGACUGCGGAGCAGGGGGAGCCGGCCCUGGGGGAUCAGGUGGAAGAAGCUCCCACAUUCACUUGUGUCCAGUCAGGGCCCUUAAAUCAAGAGCCGGUGGUGUGUGCAGAUAUUGGAACAGCCCAUUCGGCUGCAGUCACAGCUUCUGGCCAGUGUUACACCUUUGGCAGCAACCAACACGGGCAGCUUGGCACCAGCACCUGCCGUACCAGCCGUGUGCCCUACCUGGUUGUGGGACUCCAAGCGAUUAAGGUCACCAUGGUGGCUUGUGGCGAUGCCUUCACUGUGGCCAUUGGAGCAGAGGGAGAGGUGUACACCUGGGGGAAAGGAGCCCGCGGGCGCUUGGGAAGGAAGGAUGAGGAGACCAGGACUCCAAGGCCGGUGCAGCUGGAGGAGACCCACCCCUACCUGGUGACCUCUGUCGCCUGCUGCCAUGGGAACACACUGCUGGCAGUGAAACCUGCAGGGGAAGAGUCAGGCCCCCAGUGAGGAACGGGCUGAGAGGAGCGAACUGCACCACCUCCAUAUGGACAUAGCCAGCUUCCUUCUGAUCUCCUGACCUGCAUGGCGCACAUAUCCUCUCCUGCCUGCCUCCGUGUUACUCAGGCCUCGAGGACGGGGCUCUGGAGUGCUGGGGCAACACCGUGGGCUGCAUUGGUGCUUGCCAGGAGCCGGAGAACACUCAGCCACUCAGAUCAACGGGGGUCACUGCAUGCUGGAACCUGAAGCCUCCCCCAGGACAUUGCCCCAUGGAGCAGCGCCUGCUGGGACAGGCCACAUCUCUCCAUCAAGGAUGAAGGGUGAUCAUGACCUGUCUUGUAUUCAGCGGGCCCCACUCAAGUGAUUUCACUGUGGCAUUGCAUAUGUGAUUGCCACCAGCAAGAAGGGCCUCGGUUUAUUUUCACACUUCUGUGAAAACUGACUCUGGUUACAAAGCGUGGGCUGGCAGCUUGGUGUCGGAGGGAGCUGUCAGCGUUUGCACCGGAACGUCUGUUGUUAUGGCCCCAGGCACUAUGAUGGGUGACUAAGUGCAAAACUCUUUUACUUAAAGUCUAUUUAUUCCUGAAGAAUGUUUGGCCCAGUUGUUGACCGAGUUCAUUGCGUUUUCAAGCUACCAAAGUUCUGGGGCCAUGACCCACUUGGCCCUUCGCCAGCCGCCAGAACCAGCAAGAACUGUGAUCUUGUGUGUAGGCGGCUUGGCCUGGGGCUGUUCUUCCCAAGUGCCUGCUUUAACUCUCCGAUCACAGCUUGACUUGUGUCCUUCAACUCUUAGUUCUGGAUGCCCCGGCUAAGGUUUGUUCUCAGAUCUCUGAAGCCUGCUAGUGAUGCAUCUGAAGAAGUGGGCAGUAGCCCACGAAAGCUUAUGCUCUAAUAAAUUUGUUAGUGUCUAAGGUG